UCCCGCACGCGACAGUCAUACUCACAAAGUGCGACAGGAAAGCAGUGGGUGCCUCCAAAAAACGUAUAUAGAUUCAGUCGGGUAAACUUUUCCUACUUUUCGGGUUCGUUUAGAAACAUGGAUGUCCUAAGCGUGGAAGACUGGAACAGAGGCGCACAGGAGGUGGCAGCCAUCCACGCGCGGCUGCAGAGCCUGAAACCUGCGGAGAGGAUUGGGGAGCAGCAGCGCGAGGAGUCCCGCUAUGAACCUGGACAGACGCUCGUAGACAGCGGGAGUGACCCACGCGCCUGGCUGGCUCCGGUGCAGCCCUCUGGCACCUGUGUGGCACACGCCACUUCACCCGACUACCUGCGGCACUCGCCCUGCCCCAGCACCGGCUCCUACCAAGAGAGUGGUUCCCCGGAUUCCAGUCCUCCCAGUUGCAGGAGAACUGCGAAGAGCCCCUCCUCUUCUUCGCUCAAAGUCAGGGACUUGUGCGGUCUUCAAGGCACGGCCACCGGUUCCGAUGACGAAACAUCCACGACACAGAGAGCCCAGUCCAGCAGACCUCACAACGGAGUCCAGAAGCAGAGGCGCGUGGCCGCAAACGCACGCGAAAGGAGACGGAUGCACGGGCUUAACUACGCGUUUGACGAGCUGCGCAGCGUCAUACCGGCGUUUGACAACGACAAGAAGCUCUCAAAAUAUGAAACUUUACAGAUGGCGCAGAUUUACAUCAACGCACUGGCGGAUCUGCUCGAAGCUCCAGUCUCCUCAAAAAAAAGCAGUAACGACGUCUCAAACAACAGCAACAACUCGCCAAAGUGUGACGCUGUGCUUCCAGCCACCGGUAGUAUUGACGGAGCGAAGGACAGGGCUUCCCCGUCCCCUACCACUUGUAGGACGGCAGCGGCUGUCCACAUUAGCGGGAUGCCUUUCCGCCCCACCUUCGACGACGAAUCGUUCUCCGCUAUUGAAGAAGCAAUGCGUUCACCCUCUCCUCCUUCUUCCACCCGGGCAGCCAGUUCCCUUGCACCAGUCGGAGGUGGGAGGAAAGAUUCUCCCAGAAGCGACGGAGAGUUUUCCCCGCACUCCCACUUCAGUGACUCGGAUGAAAUAGCGAUGGAGCUCCACUCAAGUGAAGAAGAUGACCUCUCAGAACUCAAGCUAACGCACCACCACCACCAUCAUCAUCAACACACUGUUGCUUACUAAAAGAAUAAUAAUAACACAUAAUAUUAUUAAAAACAACAGACUGUAUUAGUCUCAACAUAGGCCUACAUCAAAAAUAAUGGCCGUAGUGUCAAUAAUACAGUCUUUAUGUUGCUAACAAAAUGCAGUUUUAACAUGGAAGUUUUGGCUUUUUCAAAGAAAAUCAUGUUACAUUUUUAACAAUAUCCUUAUUCAUUUUUGAUCAAUUUGUAACAUAGUCUUAAUCUAAUUUUUGUUGUGUGAGAUAGGCCUAAUUCGGUUCUGCCAAUAGCUGUCUAGCCCAUAAUUUCCAGUUUCCAUGGAGACGUGGCUGGAAGACCCCUCUGCCAUGUAUCGCUCAGCACAGCCAUGGGCAUUUCCCACGUCACUCCGACUGAAAGCUGUAUUCCACGAAUCAUGACUCAAUGGAUUAUAAUUUACAAAAAAUAACAUUUUGUAGCUUAAAUAUGAUUUUGAUAUUUUAUGUUUGUAUUUGUUAAUUUUUAAGUAUAAUGUAUUUCCUUUUGCAACUUUAAAAGUUUAUAAUGUGCACUUUAAAAAUAUACAAGCCGGAGGCUUGAUAAAUGCGAGUUUUGUUUUCAAACCAUGAACAAUAUUUUUGUUUUGUUUGCUACUUUAGUAGCAUACUGCCAAUUCCAUACAAAUAGCCUAUUUAAUGUAGCCAUCAAUGCUGCCUUCUUUUGUAUUUUCAGAUCAACCUGUGUGUCUUUUGC